AUGGAUCUGUUUCGGUCGCUGUAUCAGUGGCGAGAGGAGGCAAAUGACGUGGAGAUUGAUAAGGCGUUUCGCCACUGGAUAACACUAUGCAUAAAGAAACCGUGCUCCACUCAGAUGACACUGUGGCAGUUCGCGUCUCCCAUUUCGCAGUUAAAGAUCGAGCCCAGCAAACUGGCCGAUGAUAUAGCCGCUCUUCAGAAGCAGACAGUUUCUGCCUCAUCUCGGAGCCAACCGAAGCCUUCCACCCCGCAUGUCCAGUCUUCACAUUCAGCCCGUUCAAACGAAGCUGCCAUCUGCUGGUACCACACCACCUUCGGUGCUAAAGCCCGUCGCUGCGUCUCUCCUUGCUCCUUCACCUUCAAGCAGAGCAAACGGGUAAAACCGGCUAGCCCGAAGGUCAAUGCAGCCAAUCUUUCCGACAGCUCUAACCCUGGUCACACAUUUUACGUCCGCGACACCAGGAGUAGCAGACGUUUCUUGGUUGACACUGGUGCCCAGUUAAGUGUCAUUCCACCCACACCAGCUGAUCGUCGGUGUCCCAAUCCCGGUCUUUUCCUUCAGGCCGUCAACACAUCGCCUAUUACCACAUUUGGCACAUGCUCCCUCUCUCUGGACAUCGGUCUCCGGCGUCUCUUCCCUUGGGUCUUCGUCGUUGCUGACAUCCCCUGUGCAAUUCUCGGUGCAGAUUUCCUCGCCGCUUUCGAUCUUCUGAUCGACUGCCGUCAGUCACGUCUACACGACAAGACCACCAACCUCACUGUUCGGGGUAUUUCUUCCUCCGACGCCUCCCGUCAUCUUACCGUCUUGGACCCUGAACCCGAGAAUACAUUUCGGCAACUCCUCGCCAAAUGCCCCGGCCUCAUUCGUCUCAACUUCAACGUUUCUAUUCCACCACAUGACGUUUUUCACCACAUUCGGACCACCGGCCCUCCCGUGUUUUCUCGCCCCCGCCGUCUCGCGCCUACACGUCUUGCUGCCGCCAAGGCCGAAUUCGAGCACAUGCUUCAAAUGGGCAUCAUCCGUCAGUCUGAAAGCCCAUGGGCCUCACCCCUCCACAUGGUUGCAAAGGCCGCCACUGGUGACUAG